AUGGCGCACUUCGUGGACGCGCGCACGCGCGUGCUGCAGGAGGAGAGCACCAAGGCCGUGCUGUCCAACUGCAGCGACCCGAAGGCCGACCUGGCCGCGGAGCGGGCCCGCGCGACCUUCGACGUGGGGGAGCUGCUGCACUACCUGAACGGCGGGCGGGAGAAGGUGGAGCGCAAGGCGCAUUUUGCAGAGCUGAUAUCCAGAACGGAGUGGGGCAACAAGUCUGAGCGAUACUUCCAGACUCGGGAGGAGCAAUACGUUCACGGCCUCAAGGUCGCCUUUGGAAUAUGGGACUUCAUGAAGGAGAAACGGCUUGGAAUAUCCGAUGGGAGAGUUCUGAGGAGCUUGGUCAAUGCUCCUGGCGGGCUGGAGCUUCACAUUGGGAUGUUCAUCCCUUCCCUCAUAAGUCAUGCCAAUCCCGAACAACAGGCUAAGUGGCUGCCCAAGGCCCAGAGCCUGGAGAUAAUUGGCACAUACGCUCAAACUGAGCUGGGCCAUGGCACUUUUGUCCGCGGCCUCGAGACCACAGCUACGUACGAUUCUGACAGGCAGGAGUUCAUCGUGCAUUCUCCCACCCUCACAAGCACGAAGUGGUGGCCUGGCGGCCUUGGAAAGACGGCGACACACAUCAUAUUGAUGGCGCGGCUUUUCACCAAGGGGAAAGACUAUGGGCCGCAUGCCUUCAUCAUGCAGAUUCGGUCCCUUGAAGACCACAAGCCCCUCACAGGAAUCACCAUCGGUGACAUCGGACCGAAAUUCGGCUUCAAUGGAGUGGACAACGGAUUUCUCAGGCUGGAGUAUGUCCGGAUACCUCGGGAAGCCAUGUUGAUGAGGUUUGCAAAGAUCACACCAGAGGGUGACUACGUGCCACCUCCGCCAGCAAAUGCCAAGGCCUCAUAUGCCACCAUGAUGUACGUCAGGUCCACCAUAGUGCAGGACGCCGGGAAGUUCCUAUCCAUGGCUGUCACCAUCGCCACUCGCUACACAUCUGUCCGCAGGCAGACUACAUCGUCCAAGGGCCAGAGGGAGACGCAGGUCCUUGAUUACCAGAGCGUCGCAGGCAGCUUGCUCCCCCUGCUGGCCACGGCUUAUGCCCUGCACUUCACCGGGAAGGUCAUGAUGCAGAUGUACACGGACUUCGAGCGCAGCAGGGACCGCGGCGACUUCAGCAACCUGCCUGAGCUGCACGCCUUCUCUUCAGGUCUCAAGGCCAUGUGCACCACCAUCACAAGCGAAGGCAUCGAGAAGAGUCGCCUGCUGUGCGGAGGGCAUGGCUACAGCAGGCUGUCCGGCCUGCCAGAUAUGUACACAUCCUAUGUGCAGAAUUCGACGUGGGAGGGUGACAACAACGUCAUGUUCCUGCAAACCGGCCGCUACCUCAUCAAGUCGCUGCUGGGCGCCAUGACAGGGAAGACCUUGAGCGGGUAUGCCAAGUACCUCGAAAAUGCCCAGUUCGAAAUGAAGGAGAGGUGCAACGUGUCCACUGAAGUGCAAUGGCUGGACCCUGCGGCCCAGCUGGCGGCCUUCAGGAACAGGGCAGCUCGGCUGUGUGUGGAUGCGGCAGAGCAGCUGAAGCAGGAGUCCGGUGGCAACCCCGUGUUCGAGGGAGAGCCCUGGGACAACUCCAAUGUCAUCGUUAUCAAGCUGGCCGUCGCCCACAGCCAGUACGUCAUCUACAAGAACUUCAUGGACAGCCUGCAGGGUAUCAGGUCCCGCGGCGAGCUGCAGCCCAACACCGUGCGCGCCCUGGCCGACCUGCAGGGCCUCUUCGGCCUCACCGUCCUGGAGAGGGAGGUGGGCGACAUGCUGGAGUCCGGCUACCUGAGCGCCAGGCAGGUCAAGCUCCUGAGGGCGCAGCAGCGGGCGCUGGUGAAGGCCGUGCGGCCCAAUGCUGUGCCGCUGGUGGACGCUUUUGGCUUCCUGGACUACGAGCUGAGCAGCGCGCUGGGCCGGUCGGACGGCGACGUGUACAGGGGCCUGCUGGAGAUGGCCCAGGCGUCGCCGCUCAACCGCACUGAGGAGGGGCCCGGCUGGAAGGCGGUGCUUGAGGCCCAGAUGAAGAAGCCCGGGUCGCGGUCCAGGCUUUAG